AAGAUGACCAAUUUGCGUUGCAGCAUCAAAGACAAAAAGACUCAUUGAUUCAAGAACUAAAUAUAAAAUGAUAAGAAUAAGUAUGCUGGAGAUUUCAAUGUAUAGAAAAAUUGAUCCAUUUUAUCAUGGUCUUUACAUUAAGCAAAAAAAUUUAGCCUAAGAUCACCAAAUAACAAACAUUAUUACUUUUAUCUAUUAAUGUUUAAAAGUUUAGAUGACAAAUGAUCAAAUUUAAAAAUGGAUUGGAUUGAUAUACUAAUUUUAAAUGAACUAAAUGAUUUAUCUAAAGAUUAAGUGCUAAUUUAGGUAUUAAUUUAAAUCCUAGAUCAAUAAUGGCAAUUCCUUUAAAAUUGGAAUUAGGUUUUACAAUUGGAGAAUAGUAAAAAUAAAUUUAUUUAUUUAUCAAUUCUUUAUAUGAAUUUUAUUGAUAGAGAUUGUACUAAUAUUUUUGAGAAGAUACGGCUUAUAUCAGAGGAAAUAAGGGAUCAAAAUUAAGCUAUAUAUAAUAUAAAAUUGAAAGGAGAGUAGCUUCUUUUGUUUUUAUUUAAUAAGAAGUACAACUAGUAACUGGAAAGUAUAGGGGGGAUUUAUAUAUUGACUGUUUUUAAUUAAAAAAUAGAAGCUUUUAAGCAAUAGUGACG